CAGGCUGCGUUCUUCUCGCGAGCCCGCCAAGUUGCUUUCGAGGGAAUGAUAGCGAACCCCAGCCUGAGCAUGGUCCGCCUCUUUCUUCUCAUGGCCUUCUACAUGCUAGGUGCCUGCCACAGGAACGCUGCCUCUAUGUAUCUUGGCGUCGCUUCAAAGGCAGCCGUCGUGCUGGGGCUUUCAUACAUCAGGAAGCACUGCAACGCACAGCUUGAGGACUACGACUCCAGGCUUCGCAUAUGGAACAGCCUUGUCGUGCUAGACAUUCUGAUGAGUUUCAUCCUUGGUCGGCCACAAAGCUUGCCCCCUACACGGUCCGAAACCAGCAGAUCAAGCACGCCAGCAGCUGAGGGUGGUGGAGGGCAAGGGACCUUCCUGGCAAUCGUUCGUGGCUGUACCCUGAUUGAGAAUAUUGUCCAUACACUUCGGUCAAGCAAUAUGCUCCAUGUGCCAACGGCAGAAAGCCUCUUAGAGCAGCUUCGCCUGUGGACGCAGAGCUUGCCAGAAGCGGUGCGGCAGUUCACGUUCACAGCCAGCGCAUAUUCCAGCACCGGAUCAUCGCUCGAGUCUGCGGAUAGGCAGGCUCUCGUUGGGAAUGUGCACGUCUCGUGUGUCUACUACUUUGCCGUAAUUCUCAUCACAAGGCCAUUCCUCAUCGCAGACCACAUGCCACGCCUGCGAGCACGGGCUGCCCAGCACGGCGGGGAUGGUGCCGGUCCGGCGUCCGUGGUGGCGACACCAACGCCACACUCGAAAGCCCGCGACGUGAAAGUCGCCAAGCUAGCCCAGGUCUGUGUGAGCUCGGCCAUGUUCAUGGCCGAGACGCUGCAAAAGCUCAAGAGGUCGGACUUUGACUUUGGAAAUCUCUGCCUGGUCAAGGCAUGGAUUUUCGGGUCUGGUUUGGUCCUUGGCUUCUCAAUGUUCGCCGGUGAGCCACGGCAAGACAUCACGGAUGCUUUUACCGGUGCCCGCGACGUCCUGGCGAACAUCGCCGAGAGAAGCCCACAAGCGAAGAACUACUACGACAUUCUGACCACUAUGGGCGAGGCAGUCACUCAGUAUCGCCGGCGUGAGUCCCUCGAGGCUCGGCGGAACGUACAGCAUUACAUGUCACAGAUUCUGGUCGUUGGUAUUGCUGCCGACCAGCAUGAAGAUAAUUCCGACAUGGCGGCCGGCGUUGAUGGAGAGAAUCGCCACCUGCUGCAGAACAACAGCGAUGCUCUUGGUGGCAGCGGGUUGUACCAGCAACAGCAGCAGCAGGCGCUCGGUCUAGGCGCAUAUGGCAAUGGCGUUCCACAUCAGCAUCAGCAACAGCAGAAUAGCGGCCUCGGCGGAUUGAAUCAGAACGGCACUGGCGUUGUGGACAGCAAACAGUACCUGAGCCCCUUCUCUGUACCGGAUCUCGUGACUCCCUCGUCGUCAUCGGAUCCAUCUUCAAGCGGUGCAAGCGCCAGACCAGCCACGGCUUUUGGUGGUGGUGCCAAUGGCAGCUCGAUGGCGAUGUACGGCGGUGCCGGGCUGGGCCACAUGAGCGACUCAAUUCUGGAUGACUUACAGAUCGACUGGGGCGAUUUGGAUCUGCAGCUUGGUGACGACUCUGGACUGUUCGAGUCCGGGCCUUUUGAGAGGCUCUUUUACAGUAUCGAAUGAGCGAAUUCUGGGACCAGGCUCAAGUUCGAAGUCCGAAGAGCUCGAAGAGCUCGAAGGCAAAUUCAUGGCUCUUGACAUACGCCGGUGUUAACAUAUGGGCAAGGCGCGAAUUGGUUCAAGGUGCCUAUGGCAUUUCGACUUCAUGGCCGUUUCGCGGAGAGCACACUGCUUGUAAAGGAGUGAAAGCACAGGAGUUUUGGAGAAUAGUCUCGUCCAAGGGACCAAGGACAGACGACAAUGAUACCCUGCAAUUGCAACCUCAC